GGUAAAAUUGUUGACAAAACGAAAAGUAAGCGAAUUCGGAGCGACAGGGUAACAACACUGCAUGAACACAAGGAGGGCGGGUAAAUAUUGUUCGUCUGCUUGUGACGGGUUCCGGACAGACAGACAGACAGACAGACACAGACAUGUUACAUACCAUCACAGAAGAGGAACUGUCCUUUCACUGCCUUGACUUCUUUUGGUCUUAACCGUCUCCUCUGCACACUUUUGAGACUUUGAGACACUUUGAGACUUUACAGCUACAGCUCUGCUUUGCUUUUGGGCUUCUCCCACCCGGCCCCCAAGUCGUCGCAGCCUUUAGCGUGGCAAUGUCUCAGAAGAUCCCGUCUGAUGGUGCUCAGAAAGGCUUUGCCGUGGGAAGGGGGCUCCUCGCUGCCGCUGAGACGUUGAACUUCAGCAUGAGCGAACACCGUUCUGAUGGCCUGUAUGGGUCCUCUUCACGAUCCUCUUACGGCAUGGCGCCGACGCUGGGUGGUGGGGACAGCAAAGAGCGUGACUCGCAGCUCCCGCGCCACAGCGCCAGUCACCUUAGCAACACCAUGAAGCUCUUUAACAGCCUGGGGCUCUCGCCCACUGAUCUGGACGCUCUGGCCCAGGUCCCGGAGGAAAACAUCAGCGUGGAGACCUUGCCGCAUCUAAUCAUGCAGCUGAAGAGCCGCAAGGCAGAGGCGAGCCGCCGCAGCGGGGGUAACUCCCGGGACUUGCCCUCUCUCUCUCCAGAGCGCUCGUACCGGGGCCCUCGGGGAGACUGGGAGGAUGUGCGUGGGGGCCGUGUAGGCGGAUCUGGUGGGCAGGCCUUGGGCCGUGGCCAACAGGAUGACUAUGAUUACACCUGUGCGCAGGACGGCCCCUCUAGGGGGUACGAUCGCUUGGAGUACGGUGAGAGCAGCGGCGGGAGCGGAAGCAGGGACCGGCCAUAUUCUGAGCUUUCCCGCACCCGCGACCGCUACGGCGGCUUUGGGAUGGGCGCCUCGUCGGCAUCCGACAGCGUCUUUAUGACGAGACGGACUGGCUGCCCUUCCCAGGGUAAAGUGCAGGACUUCUUGGGAGUCAUGCCUCAGAUUUUCCCACAUGUGUGCUCACUUUGUGAUUUUGAUGUGCACUCCACCAUGGAGUGGACUCAGCACACAAAUGGACUACGUCACUUGGAGAACCGGAGGCUCCUCCUUCAGGUGUAUCCUGACUGGAGGCCCCAUGAAGAUUCAGACAGAGUCUCUGGGUCGAUCCUGCUGGAAACAACCAACCGUUCAGCUGGUCUCCUGGGACCUGCUCCUGGCAUGCAAGGGCUUCCUACGCGAGGGAUGGCCUCUAACUGGGGUCCUGGAGUGUCAAACCCCUCACAGGGACUUUUAAUGAUGCCAAAGAUAAGGAGCAGAGUUGUAGUGGCAAGGUAUGAGAGAAAACCACUGACACUGAACAGUUUGUUGGUCUUGGCUGAGCCAUUUGGAACUGUAUGUGAACACAUCGUACUCAACAAGAAGGCCUUCUUGGAAAUGCAAACUCAUGAGGAGGCGGUCGCAAUGGUGACAUUCUACCUGCACAAGCCAGCGGUGAUGCAUGGCAAGAAGAUCACCUUCUACCUUUCUCAGGAGCUUGUCGUAAUCGAGAAAGGCCACAGGACUGAGAUGGACACGAGAGAGGUGAAAGGCAGGGACAGCCAAGUGGUGUUCUUCUCCAAUCUGCCAAGGGAACAGGAGAAGAAGAUGGAGCUGCUGACGCUGGCUCGCCAUUUUGGCACUGUUGAAAAACACUUGUUUUUAAAUGAAGAGGUUAUGUGUUGGGAUCUUCACCACGGGGGUUGGGUGUGCUCUUCCAAGGCAUUCAUACAGCUUGGCACUCCCAAAGAUGCCAGGAUGAUGGUCAAGUACUACACUCUUCACCCACUGACCAUCGAUGGGAGGAGCAUUCGACUGAACAUCUGCACUAAGUACAAGACCUUAAUCGUGAACCCGUCCAGAAGCGGUAUUGGAAGACCAGAUUUGACCCGUAAGAGCAGCACCGUGGUGAGCAGGAGCUCCUCGAGGACACAGAGGUCUCCCGCCUCUAGCGACACGGUGUCCAAAGUAGAGGAGGAGACAGCAGUUGAGGAGGAAGAGCUGCAAACAGCAGAUGCCGCUGUGCUCGAGGAGGGCUCUGGGGACGAGGUGGCUGGGGUGAUGGAGGGCGACGAGGAUGAGGCAGGAGACCAGGCAGCGGAGACUAGCGAGCCACACAAAGAGGAGCCAGAGUCCGCUGUUUCGGGCUCCCAGGCCCCCAAAGGCGAGCCUCCAACAGAGACCUCUUUGAGCAGUAGCCAAGCUUGUGACUCUGCUCCCGAGUCUGCCGGAGGCUCUCUCGAGUCGCAGAUCAAGGUGGAGCUUGCAGACAAGCAGAUGGAGAAAAGCAAAAGUGACCUAAAUGAGGACAGCGCCCCUGCUGGCUCCGGGGAGGAGAUCUCUGGUGACAACGUCGAGCUGCUUGCAACAGAGCCCUCUGAAAGCGUGGAGCUCUGCAACGAAGGAGCCUCGGUGGAGCAGGAGGCACCCAUGGAUCAGGACUUCCCAGAGAACAUGGAUGAUUUUGUGACCCUGGAUGAGGUGGCAGAGGAAGAAGACACGGACCGUCUCGACACGCAGUCCAAGUCAGGGGAUCAGACUGGAGGAAACACGGACAAAAGUGGGGGCUUCAGGGUUGUCAAUGUGGUGGGAUUCAAACGAGGGUACAACUUCCUGGAUGAAAUUCUCACGCUUGCCAAGCCCUUUGGGAAAGUGGUUCGGCAUCUAGUACUCGACGUGAGGCCUGAGGCCUUUCUGGAGCUGAGUUCAGAAGAGGAGGCGAGAGCCAUGGUCGAUUUCUACAGUGCCAACGUGACGCCGAUGGUUUGUGGAAAAGCUGUGAAAAUAUACCACUCGCAGACCUACGCUACAAUCCAGAGCGGUCGGGUCAUCUACGUUGGACAGCUUCCCUCUUUCAAAACGUCAGAUGCUUCUCUCCUGAAGAUCGCAGAGCCUUUUGGGAAAGUGAGACGUUAUUUCCUCAACCGGAACCGCUACGAGUGCUUUAUUGAAAUGGAACGAGGAGAAGAUGCUGAAAGAAUGGCCAAUGCCUACAAGGAGAACCCACCGAAAUUCCAAGGCAAACGCUUAACUGUGUACGUCAGCCGCAAGUACAAGCAGCUUAAGCACGGGUAUAGACCUCCUCCUGAGGAGCCUGAGGAGCAGCGGUCCAUAAAGAGGGAGCAUACGGAUGGGGAGGAGGCCACUCAUCACGAGCCCUCCCACAAAGCUAAGGUGAAAAAGGAGGAGGAGCCUCUUGCCAAGAGGCUGUGUGUCCGGGAGGAGAGCGCCACCGCUCAGGAGCCCGGCUCCUCUGGGGAACAGCAGCCGCAGGAGGAGGGCGGCACUGAGAUCUCCUGCAGUCAGGAGGUUAAGGUGAAUACCGAGGAGUUAGAGGAGAAGAUGGAACAGCCCUCAGAUGCCCCUGGUGCCCAGAAGGACAGGGAAGCGGAGUGUAAGAGCGACGGCGGCGCCGGACCCGCUGCUGCUAACGGACUAAGCGACAAGAGCAGCGAGAAAGAAGGCGCCUCUAGCAUCGGCGCGCAGGCUGAGAAGAGUUCAGCGGCUCCUCUCGGGCCGUACCAGCCCAACAAUCCUGUGGGUGUGGAGUAUAUGAAGAUGGGCUACUACUGCAGAGUCUGUUUCCUCUUCUACUCUAACGAAGAAACGGCCAAGAAGGUCCACUGCAGCAGCCUGUCUCACUAUGAGAAGCUGAAGAAACACCUGGAGAAGGAGAAGGAGACCAAAGGCCAGUGAACGAGUGACUAGUGUCACAGCGGUAAAUGGAUGCUACUGCAUGUGCUGUAACGCCCCCCCCAAAGUUGUAUAAACCAGUGCUCAUACUGCAUUGUCAACUUUCUAGUUGCUUUACAGUCCCUGUGCAGUGAUUGUGAAUGGUAGUGAUGCCACAUGAGAUAUUGUUCAUGUGUUUUAGGGAGAACCUCUUGGGGGAGGCAGGCAGGCAAACACUGAUAGAGAACUUAAGAGAUCCCUGAAUUCUCCUCCCUCUAGGUGUACCAUUUUAUUGUUGUAAGCCUUUUUUUUUUUUUUCCUUCACUUAUUUGAUUUUGUCUUGCAACUAUCUGUUUUUAAUAUGGCUUCGUUCUUGAAGUUGUUUCUGUUCUCAAUGUGCUGUGUGGGUGACUGAUUCCGACAUUGCGGGGGGGGCUCUAAUUGUCUGACUGUCGAUUCCAUUAAAAGUGAACCUUACAAA